AUGGUGGGAGGGGGCGGCAUCGUCGACGGCUUCCGCCGCUUGUUCCACCGCCGCACGCCGUCAGGCUCCGGGCCCAGCUCCAACCAGUCGUCCGCCGGCGAGGAGUCCUCGGACAUCGACGCCGUCGUCGAGGACCUGGAUCUCGUUGGCCUCCGUGCCAUCCGCGUCCCCAAGCGCAAGAUGCCGCUCCCCGUCGAGAGCCACAAGAAGAACAUAUUGGAGAAGGAGUUCUUCACAGAGUAUGGAGAGGCAAGCCAGUACCAGAUCCAAGAAGUCAUUGGCAAAGGGAGUUAUGGAGUAGUUGCUGCUGCAGUAGAUACCCGCACCGGUGAGCGGGUUGCGAUUAAGAAGAUCAAUGAUGUGUUUGAGCAUGUCUCAGAUGCCACACGCAUCCUGCGUGAGGUCAAGCUCCUUCGGCUGCUCCGUCAUCCAGACGUAGUUGAGAUCAAGCAUAUAAUGCUCCCCCCUUCUCGCAGGGAGUUCCAAGAUAUUUAUGUUGUUUUCGAGCUCAUGGAGUCGGAUCUCCAUCAGGUCAUCAGAGCGAAUGAUGACCUCACACCGGAGCAUUACCAGUUUUUCCUGUACCAACUUCUCCGUGCUCUCAAGUACAUCCAUGCGGCUAAUGUAUUUCAUCGGGAUCUAAAACCGAAAAAUAUACUGGCCAACUCAGACUGCAAAUUAAAAAUUUGUGACUUUGGACUUGCACGUGUAUCAUUCAAUGAUGCUCCUACAGCUAUAUUUUGGACGGAUUAUGUAGCAACAAGGUGGUACCGAGCACCUGAAUUAUGUGGCUCCUUUUUCUCCAAAUACACUCCUGCUAUUGAUAUUUGGAGUAUUGGGUGCAUAUUCGCCGAGCUUCUCACUGGAAGGCCACUAUUUCCUGGGAAAAAUGUUGUACACCAAUUAGAUAUUAUAACAGAUCUUCUUGGAACUCCAUCAUCAGAAACCUUAUCUCGGAUUCGAAAUGAAAAGGCCAGGAGAUACCUGAGUUGCAUGCGAAAAAAGCAUCCUGUCCCCUUGACUCAGAAAUUUCCUAACGUUGAUCCUUUGGCUCUUCGCCUACUAGGGCGUUUACUUGCAUUUGAUCCUAAAGACCGGCCUUCAGCCGAAGAGGCUUUGGCCGAUCCAUAUUUUGCCGUUCUUGCUAAUGUGGAACGUGAGCCUUCAAGAAAUCCAAUUUCGAAACUCGAGUUUGAGUUUGAGAGACGGAAGGUGACAAAAGAUGAUGUUAGAGAAUUGAUUUACCGAGAGAUUCUGGAGUAUCACCCACAGAUGCUGCAGGAGUACAUGCAAGGUGGAGAACAGCUUAGCUUCCUCUAUCCAAGUGGGGUUGAUCGCUUCAAACGACAGUUUGCACACCUGGAAGAAAAUUACAGCAAAGGAGAAAGAGGUUCUCCGCUGCAAAGAAAGCAUGCAUCUUUACCAAGGCAGAGGGUAGGUGCUUCGAAUGAUAAUAAUGACCAACAUGCUAGUGAUCAAGAGAGGGGUGCAGAUUCUAUUGCCCCUGCUACGGGAAACCCUCCAGGUUCACAAGAUGCAGGGCAGCAGCAUGUAUCUGGUGGCCAGAAUGGUGUGGGUUCCACCAACAUAAGUCCACGGAGCUACCAGAAGAGCGCAAGCAUUAGUGCUUCUAAGUGUGUCGUUGUCAACGCGAAUAAAAACCCAGAGUAUGACGAUGAUAUCUCUGAGGAGAUGGAAGGGGCCGUUGAUGGACUCUCUGAAAAGGUCUCCAGGAUGCACCCCUAG